AUGGCAACAAAUAUUGACCUUCAUAACCAAGAUAUAUUCGAAAACGCCAGCAGUAAUGCACGAUCAAUUUCGAAUUUUGAUAAUUCUCAACUGCAUGAACAACCAGAAGACGCGAAAGUAACAACCAUGUUUGACAUUAUAACAAUUCCUAUUCAAGGAAUGACUUGUGAUUCCUGCGUAAAUUCUAUAAUAAAGGUGGUUUCUUCGUUAGGAGUCGUAAAAAUAAAUGUUAGUUUAGAAAAAAAUGAAGCAACAGUAGCUUAUGAUUCUAGUAAAACCACAAAAACAGAUAUUAUUAAGGCAAUAGAAAAUUGUGGUUAUGAAACGCAAACUCCUGUAGAGGCUCAAAACAACCAUGCCACUAUUGGUUUGUCAAUAAAAGGAAUGAGUUGCAAAUCUUGCGAAAAUUCGGUCACCUCUGCGUUAAAUUCGACACCCGGCGUUAUUAAUAUUUGUGUAAGUCUUGAGAAUAGAUGCGCCAUAAUAAAAUAUGACACUUCUGUAUUAGACGAAGGUAAUAUUAUUAAAGUCAUUGAAGACUGUGAUUAUGAAGUUAUCGCCGGUGGUUGUGAAAUCUCUGAAGAGACGGCAGAGACUGCAUCUCUUGCAAGUAUUUCUCAUAAUGAUCGAUCAGUUAACAAUGCUUCUGCACUUUCAUCGGUUGAAACCCACGAAUUCGAUCCUAAUCAACUUCGAACAUGUCAUAUUCAAGUGCACGGAAUGAGUUGCGCUUCAUGUGUAAGUAGCAUUGAAAGAGUAGUUCGAAAUGCACCAGGAAUAGUAUCCAUUGAAGUUUCUUUACUCGUUGAGCAUGCAACUGUAGAAUAUGAUCCUGCUGUUAUAAAUGAAGAUGAAAUAGUAAACAUGAUUAAUGAUAUUGGGUUUGAAGCGUCUCUUAUUCAACCAAGACGUCAAGAUACUGUGGAAUUUCGAGUUCAUGGAAUGAAUGCUCCAGAUGAUGCUAGUAGAAUUGAAAAUGGCUUAAAAGAAAUUCCCGGUGUCAUUCAUGCCUCAGUUGAUUUUAUCAGUAACAUUGCCAUUAUAAAAUUUGAUAACGAUGUUUUAGGAAUUAGAGAAUUAGUCUUUGAAAUUAAAAAUAUUGGAUUCGAUGCAAUUAUAAACGAUGACACAAAUAACGCACAAUUAGAAUCAUUAUCUCGCACUAAAGAAAUCAUUGCAUGUCGUAAAUCAUUCUAUUGGUCACUUUUAUUUGCUAUACCAGUCUUUAUAAUUUGCAUGGUUAUGCCACAAUUUGAAUGGGGGUCAGAGUUGAAUAAUCUUCAGUUAAUAGAAGGACUUUAUUAUAGUGACCUCAUUUCACUUGUGUUGACUAUACCAGUUCAAUUUGGAAUUGGUAAAAAAUUUUAUGUUUUAUCAUUUAAAGCUCUAAAACAUAAAUCAGCGACCAUGGAUGUAUUAGUAGUCAUCGGAACAUCUGCUGCAUUUUUUUAUUCAUGUUUUAUCAUGUUUGUUAUGUUCUUUUAUCAAAUUGAAAGACAACCUGUUUUUUAUGAUACAUCGACCAUGUUGAUUACUUUUGUGUUACUAGGUCGAUAUUUAGAAAACAAGGCUAAAGGUCAAACUUCAACAGCAUUAUCGAAACUAAUGUCACUUACACCUUCAAACGCCACAAUUCUUAUCAAAAACAUUGAAACCGGUGUAACUAUUGAAGAAAGAUCUAUCCCUACUGAGUUAUUACAAGUUGGGGAUAUCGUUAAAAUUAUUCCAGGAGAUAAGAUUCCUGCCGAUGGUAUUGUAUUAUCCGGACAAUCAACGGUUGAUGAAUCCAUGGUAACAGGUGAAGCAUUACCCAUAAAGAAACGUCAAAAUGAUUCAGUGAUCGGUGGAACAGUUAAUGGUUCAGGAACAUUCGAAAUGAGAAUUACGCAUGCAGGAAACGAUACUGCAUUGGCACAAAUAGUAAAACUUGUAAAAGAAGCGCAAACUUCAAAAGCACCAAUACAAGAACUUGCAGAUACUGUAGCUGGAUAUUUUGUGCCCGUAGUUAUAACAUUGGGUGUUCUAACAUUUGUCACUUGGAUGAUUCUUUCAAAAAUUUUAGAUCCACCUCCAGACAUUUUUAAUAAUGAAAAUGACCGUUUAGUAAUGUGUCUUAAACUUAGCAUUUCUGUAAUUGUAGUUGCAUGUCCAUGCGCUUUGGGACUUAGUACACCAACUGCUGUAAUGGUUGGAACUGGAGUCGGAGCUCAGAAUGGAAUAUUAAUUAAAGGUGGUAGUUCACUUGAAUCCGGAUAUAAAGUUAAUCAAGUAAUCUUUGAUAAGACCGGGACUUUAACCAAAGGUCAACUAGACGUAGCACACUUUGAACUUUUAACAGAUAACCUAGAAAUAACAAAAGAAACAUUCUUUGCCAUCGUUGGUGCUGCAGAAACAUUUAGCGAACAUCCUUAUGGAAAGGCAAUUGUAACUUUUGGAAAACAGCUUUUAGAAAUAGAUAAUUAUGAUGCUGAAAUUAAUGAUUUCGAAGCAAUCACUGGACAAGGUAUAAAAUGCAAUGUUAUCCUAAACACUUCAUACUCUGAAGUACCACCAAUAACAAACGUCACGAGCACUGUAGGCAAACCUUUUAAAGUCUUGGUCGGAAAUCUUAAAUUAAUUUCCGAAGAACAUCAAAUAAUGAUUCCACCUUCAGUCAUAGACAUCGAAGAGAGACAUGAAUCUCUUGGACGUACGGUUGUCUUUGUAACGAUUAAUGAUGAGUUAGCGGGGCUCAUAUGUCUUUCUGAUACAAUUAAACCAGAAGCUAAACUUGCGGUCGCUGCAUUGCACAAAAUGGGUAUAGGAGUUACAAUGGUCACGGGUGAUCGGUUGUUAACAGCUCAAUCAAUAGCAAACCAGUGUGGCAUUACUAACAUUCGUGCUGGUGUAUCUCCUAAAGGUAAAACGCUCAUUGUUAAGUCCCUUCAACAAGAAAGACCUGGUAAUGUGGUUGCGAUGGUUGGAGAUGGAAUAAAUGAUUCCCCUGCAUUAGCAGCAGCUGAUGUAGGAAUUGCUCUUUGUUCAGGAACAGAUGUCGCUAUCGAGGCUGCAGACAUGGUUCUUAUGAGAUCAGAUCUUUUAGAUGUUGUAGCUGCAUUAGACUUGUCGCGUACAAUUUUCCGUAGGAUUAGACUAAAUUAUGUGUGGGCUUCUCUGUACAAUGUUCUUGGAAUUCCUAUAGCUAUGGGUGUCUUUAUUCCAUGGGGAAUAUAUUUACAUCCAAUGAUGGCAGGAACUGCUAUGGUUUUUUCGAGUGUUAGUGUUGUAUGUUCUAGCUUGAUGCUCAGGUGGUGGACUAAACCUGUAUGGGUAAACACUAGAAAAGGUGUAAAGAAACUUAAUGCUGGAAAUCGAUUUGUGAUUGGAAUAAAAAACCUUUUUAGAUCGAAGAGCACUACACUAGAUGAACUUGGAUACACGCGUUUGUCAGGAGCCAAUUGA